CAUGGACGGGGCCGUGUUGGCGACACUCUUUCUCACAGGUUUCUGCGCCCUCUCCUCUUCUUUUCCAAACGCCUACUACUUCAUCGAAGAGGAGAUGACUUGGUAUGAAGCCCAAAAGUACUGCAACUCAGAGAACACUGCAAUGGCCCAAAUACAGAACGUGCAAGACGCCACCGUCAUGAGCAACACUCCAACUGGGGGAUACACAGACAAGGCCUGGAUAGGACUGUUUGCGAAUGACUCAGAAUGGACCUGGGUUAACGAAGAACGACCCAGGAUUUUAUAUGGGAUAGAUGAUCAGCAACAUACCGACAAGCUCUGCGCAGCCAUAAACAUUCCGAUGAAAGCUUCAUAUUCAACUGGAAAAACAAACACAGAUGGGAUGUGGACAGCUGCCAACUGCUCCGAUAAGAAACCAUUUGUUUGUGAUGAUGGUGAGCGUUACCAUCUUAAUCAGAGUAGAAGUACUUGGAAUGAUGCCAGAAUCAGCUGCAAAGUCAACAGAGACGUUCUGGUCAUUAUCAGAAAUGCAGAUGAAAACACUGAAGUCAUGAGCUUAUUAGGAAAUGAAGCAGCGUGGAUUGGCCUCUACAGACAUAAACUCUGGUAUUGGUCAGAAUCCGGAGAAAACAACAAAUUCAUGAACUGGCAAACCGGACAUCCUGACGACAUGAACGGGUCAGACAACUUUUACGAAGCACGGCGGAAAACAGUGGUGAGGAUGAAGAUCCAUUCCAGCAAGAACAUGGAAGAUCCCGCCCACAGUGCCGUCCUGCUGCAGCAGGUAUAG